AUGCUCUAUCUUGGUGUGGGCUCCCGCUCUGCCAAGAACCACAAAAUCUUUGAAACGGAUGUCCUGGAUACAGUGGUGGUUCCUUUAUCCUCCUUCAGGGCGGUUCUUGGCGGGCUCCUGCUGUUUCAACCUUUUCCUAGGACCGUGCUGCCUCCAAGUGUUCGGACCUUAGCUCCAGCUCCCGCGCUCCAGCCCGGCGUCCUCUGGGUCCGCAUCCCAGCAGCCUUCGCGUCUCCCUACCCCAGCUACCGGGCUUCAGCCCCGGGGACGCCCUCUGUUCCACUCGGCCGUGCGCGCCGCCACCGCCCCGCACUGCCUUUUUCUAGGCAUGCGAAGAACGGAAACGCUUCCGAAAGGAGGCCCCGGCCCAGCUCUAUCCCUCCGGAUGAUACCGCGGGAGCCAGAGUACGGGCCGGCCAGAGGGAGUCAGCCCGGCACCGAGAGGCAAUUCAGGAGCUAGCGGGGACCGGGCUCGAAACCAGGACUCACCCAGACCGAGGUGACCGUCGCGCGCGCCGCCGCCGCCGCCACCAGGGCCGACCAAUCACCUGCCUUGGGAGAGCUGGGCCCGCCCCCUCGGCGGUGGCCGCACCGCUGGGCCCACCGGCCUCGAACCCGGAGUUUCGGCUCCUCCCGCCCUUGCGUAGCCUGCAGGCCGUUACUUCCGCCUUCAACGGCGGGGGCAUUUCCCAUUCGCUAGGGCGGGGGGACUCCUGCCUUUGCUUUGCGCUGUCGGGACCUUUCCUGCAAGAUGACCGGCCAGGCCUAGGCCUCCCUGCGGGGCACAAGCUUUUCGGGGUUCCCUUCGCCGAUGGAAGGAGGCUGAUCUUGUGGCCCGGCAUUCAAGGCCCUGGGUCCUGCCGCCUCCCGCAGAUCCUCCCGGGCCUUAGGGCUGCACCCAGAGUCCCCUUCUCCUGCGCCCGUGCUCCUAAACGGGCAGUGCCAGAUUCCUGGAUUACUCCUCCUAACCCCUCACACCGUUUCAGACACAGACCUUCGCUCCCCGCUUGCCCUUACAAAACCAGGUAUCAUUUCCUCCUAGACUUCGGCCCUUUGGGGCUUUCAGAUUCUCCCCUGCAAGAGCUGAAGAGGCCAUUUUUGGGGAAUAGGGGUGACUGCGGCUUGUUGAUUGGGUUUACUGUACUAACUUCCACUGGGCUCCUGCGGUGGAGCUGCUUGCCACCUGCUCCCCUGGGGCUGACCCGGCAGUCCUCGCUGCCCGCCAGCGUCAGGUCCUUCAUCUGGCAGGCGGAGCGGGUUUUCACUGUCAAGUUGGACCGGGUGGCACCGAAUCCAUGAAAUACUGAUUGCCUGGCUGCUUCCUAGGAGCACGGAAUCGGGAUCUAUAAGGGAGCCACCUGGAAAUCUGUAUUACUAAGGAGUGUCAGAGGAUUCAUAAAACCCAGCAAGUUUGAGAAACUUGGACUGUAAGUGCAAGUCCAAACCCUUUAGUCUGUGCUCAAAUGAAUUAUCCUGACAUGGAUUUCUGGCCACCAAGCAUUCAGUUAACAAGUUUAACGCUGUCUGGGCUAGUUGUAUCUGUAAGUUACAUCUGAUUGUAGCGCUGCAGCCCUAACCCCUUUUUGCCGAGGCAUUUGACGCCACCUAGCUUCUCUCUGAUCAUUUUUGUUUUGUGUGUUUUUCAUUGUCUUUUACAAUACAAUGCUUGCGGGCCAGGCUCCAUGGCUCAGUCCUGUAAUUCCAGCACUUCGGAAGGCUGAAGUGGGAGGAUCAUUUGAGGCCAGGAGUUCAAGACCAGCCUAGGCAAAAUAAAUAAAUAAAUAAAAAUAAAAAAGAAAUGAGAUCCCGCCUCUGUUAAAAAAAAAUAAUAAUCAGGAAUUGUAGUGCGUGCCUGUAGUCCUGACUACCUGGGAGGCUGAGGGAGGAGGAUCACUUGAAUCCAGGACUUGUAGGCUGCAGUGAGCUAUGAUCGUGCUGCUACACCCCAGCUUGCACAACAGAACCAGACCCUGUCUCCAAAAUAUAUAUAUAUAUAAAGUUCUUAUGAACCUAUGACUAUCUGGCCUGACACAGAUGUGUCUGGCGGAACAAGACACUUUUAUAUAUAUAAAGGAUUCCAUAGCUGGAAAAUAAUAUACAUAGCAUGUAAAUUAUAAAGUAUAAUAAAUACUCAUGAACUUAGCCAGUGUAAGAAAACAUCACCAGGCUGGGCAUGGUGGCUAAUGCCUGUAAUCUCACACUUAAGGAUGCCAAGGUGAGAGGAUCACUGGAGCCCAAGAGUUCAAGACCAGCCUGGACAACAUAGUGAGACUCAGUCCCUACCAAAAAAAAGAAAAGCCAGGCAUGGUUACAGCACCUAUAGUCCCAGCUACUGCUACUGGUGGGAUUUUGGAGGUAAGAGUCGGGGAGAUCCCUUGAGGCCAGGAGUUCAAGGCUGCAAUGAGCUGUGUGAUCACACCACUGCACUCCAGCUUGGACAACAGAACAAGAUCCUGUAUCUAAAAUAGAAAACUAAUAUAGAUCGUUUGUUUUCAAAAAUCUAAUUGAUUUUCUCUCUCUCUCUUUCUUUCUUUCUUUUUGGAGACAGAGUCUUGCUGUGUCACCCAGGCUGGAGUGCAGUGGAGCAAUCUCAGCUCACUGCCACCUCUGCCUCCCAGGUUCAAGCUAUUCCCUUGCCUCAGCCUCCUGAGUAGCUGGGACAACAGGCGCUCACCACCACGCCCAGCCAAUUUUUCUAUUUUUAGUAGAGAUGGGGUUUCACUAUAUUGUCCAUGCUGAUCUCAAAUUGAUGACCUUGUGAUCCACCAGCCUCGGCCUCCCAAAGUGCUGGGAUUACAGGGUGAAGCACUGUGCUCUGCCUUUUUUUUUUUUUUUUUUUGAGAUGGGGUCUCACUUGGUUGCCCAGGCUGGAGUACCAUGGUACAAUCUUACCUCACUGCAACCUCCACCUCCUAGGUUCGAGUGAUUCUCCUGCCUCAGCCUCCCCAGUAGAUGGGACCACAGCCACACACAACCAUGGUUUGCUAAUUUUUGUAUUUUUAGUAGAAAUGGGUUUCACCAUGUUGGCUGCAGUGAGGCUGCUCUCAAACUCCUUACCUCAGGCGAUCCACCUGCUUCUGCCUCUCAAAGUGCUGGGAUUAUAGAUGUGAGCCACCAUGCCCAGCCUAAUCUAAUAGAUUUGAAGUUUUUUUUUUUUCUUCUCCUUGGGGAGCAGGAAUAACUCCUAGGCAGGGCACUCAGAGUCAGCCUGAAGGUAUUCUUGGCAUAUUCUGGAUAUUAACUCAUAACUCAUUAUGUUCAUGCAAUUCUCUUCUAGUUUCUACUUCAUCCCUACCCUUCAUUUUCCCUCAGCCCCACUGUCUUCCAUCAUCAGCCCUUACUCAAUGUGUCUGCAGCAGGACUCUUGGAUAAUUUCCUUCUUCCCAGACCAUAAACAUCAAGAAUAAGUAAAGUGUGUAUGUUAGCAGGGGAUGCGUUAUGAAACAGAACUGAGCAGCUUAUAGAAACUAAGCAGAGCUUGGGGUGAGGAUGGGAAUCAUUUCAAAGGAGUGUAUGGCAGAGCAGGUCUUACUGAGAAGGUGCUAUU